UGCUACCCAAAAGUGGAACAAAAACCAAAGAUGUGCGAAGAGAUUUGAGAACAACGAAAGUUUAUGGCUAUCAAAUGUAACUGAAUUUAAAAUUUCUGAGAGUGAUGUCACAAACAAAAGAGGUUGCCCUCAUGUUGGAUACAGCGAGGGAAGUGCGAGGCAAAAACGAAAACUUGCUUCCGAAGUAUCGUUCGUACAGGGUCGCGAUACCAAAUUAUUGGUCCAUGCUGCUUCAAUAUCAGCUUAUGCAUCAAAAGCAAAUGAUUUAAACUUUGUUUUAAAGGAAGCAGCUUCAUCUCCAUCUAGGGCUACAAAAAUGAGAAAAACUUUAACCUCCAAUGACAAAAACCCAUUACCACUAUCCCCCGAGGAAGCAUUACUAUUUUUGAUAGAAAAUAAUUUAACAAAGCAACAGUACAUAAACAUUCGGGCGAUGAGCAAGUCACGAAACUGUGAUAUUUAUCCACAUUACCAAAAAAUUCAAGAGUGCAAACUGCAAUGCCGACCUGAUGGACUAUCGGUAACGGAAUCAUCAGCACAAAUUCCUCUGCAGAGCUUGGUUAACCAUACAGCAACAAGAAUUUUGUCUUACUAAGAAAAAGUUUUGAUGCAAAUAGAUGAGCUGAGUGAUGUCAGAUUGGUUUUAAGUUAUGGUUUCGACGGUUCCACAGGACAAAGUUCUUUUAAACAAAUAUUCAGCAGCAAUACCCCUGAAAGUUUAGAUAACUCGCUAUUUGUGACAUCAAUUAUACCACUAAAAUUAAUCACGUCGCAUUAUGAAACCGUUUGGAUUAAUCGUAUACCUCAAUCUGUUCGUUUUUGCCGACCACUUAAAAUUGAAUUUAUUAAGGAAACGAAGGAACGUAUUUUGAAAGAAAAAAACAAUCUGAAUAUGCAAAUAAAAAACCUUGAGCCCUUAGAAUAUUUUUUAAAUGGUCGAAAAAUAUCAGUAAAAUAUGAAUUUAUAAUGACUUUAAUUGAUGGAAAAGUUUUGAACGUACUUACGGAAACAAAGUAUUCUCAGUCGUGCCCAAUAUGUGGUGGAAAUCCGAAGCAGUUUUUGUCAUAGAAGAUUUAAGCUCAUUAGUGUUUCAGCCAAAACCAAAUUCAUUAAAAUAUGGCAUAAGCCCAUUACACGCUUGGAUUCGAUUCCUAGAAUUUGUUCUGAAUCUUUCAUAUAGACUUCAUAUUAAAAAAUGGCAAAUUCGAAAUGCUGAGGACAAAUUACUAAUGCAACAAAGAAAAAGUGAAAUUCAACAACAAUUCUGGGAGAAAAUGGGCCUUCAUGUCCAUAAACCGAAAAGUAACGGAAGUGGAUCAACAAACGACGGCAAUACGGCGCGAAAAGCAUUUUCAAAUCUGGAAUUAUUUGCUUCAAUAACAAACGUUAACAUCGAGUUUUUAAAACACUUACAAGUCAUACUAAUUGCAAUUUCUUGUAAUUUUGAGUUAAGUGUCGAAAACUUGAAGAGUUUUUGUUAUAGAACUGCCGAAAUAUAUUUUCAAUAUUAUGAAUGGUACCCAAUGUCAGCUACGUUACAUAAAAUUUUAGCACAUUCUUCACAAAUAGUACAAGCCUCAAUCGUGCCUCUUGGAUGCGCUGGAGAAAGUGCUUCUGAGGCGAGAAAUAAAUUUUAUAAAAAGGAUCGCAUUGAGCAUGCACGAAAAGACUCUAGAGAACACAAUAUAUCUGAUGUUUUUAACAGAGCCAUGGAUUCUUCUGACCCAUUCUUAUCCAGUAUAUGCCUAAAGAACCGUCAUUCAGCAAAAAAAAAUUUGCAACUUCCAAGAGAAGUUAUUUCUCUUUUAAAGAUUCUAGAUGUUCCUGAAUAUCAAUUGCCGACUACGUCAAAUGCUAUCGCAAAUGAAAAUUUUCCUGAUUUCGAAUGGGAGGCAGAGGAUCUAUCUCUUUUUAAUAUAGAGUUAGAAGUUGAUGAAACAGGGGACAAUUUUGAAUGGAAUUAAAUCUUGAUGGCAUUGGAAGCACAAAUUAACUUGUAAGCCGAUCACUAGCAAAAGAAGACUUAUUUAAUUUCAUCGUUUUAUGUUAAUAAUUUUAUUAGUAAAUAAAUGUUAUUUCUAGCAGAAUGCUCCAUUAUCCAAGGACCGUGUUUUCUAUUAAUUCUCCCACCGCUAAGCUUACUUUUCCGGUCAAUGCAAGUGGGAAUUAUAAUAAUUUUAACGUGGUAAACAAUAUAGUUACUAGAAGUGGGCGUGAUUAGGGCGGAUCGACUUGAGAUUUUUAUCGAAGAGUAAGAUGCCCAUCGUAGUCACCUGUUCCAAAUUUUGAAGCUCUAGCUGCUUCCUGUGAUUUCU